AUGGUCACUCUUUUCCAUGAUAUGAUACGCAAGGAGAUAAAAGUCUACGCCGAUGACAUGAUCGCUAAAUCUCAGAAUGAAGAAGAUCAUUUGAACCAUCUGAAGAAGCUGUUUGAACGCUUCAGAAAGUUCAGACUACGAUUAAACCCUGCAAAAUGCACAUUUGGGGUCCGUUCGGGAAAGUUGCUUGGUUUCAUCGUUAGUCAAAGAGGUAUCGAGGUAGACCGUGACAAGGUCCGAGCUAUACAAGAAAUGCAUGCUCCACGCGCCGAGCGAGAAGUUAGAGGUUUCCUUGGACGUUUGAAUUACAUAUCAAGUCGAUAUUCGCUUUUGGAGAAGACUUGUUACGCGCUAGCAUGGGCCGCUGGUCAUUUGAGGCAGUAUAUGAUUUGCCAUACUACUUUGCUGAUCUCGAAAAUGGAUCCAAUAAAGUAUAUCUUUGACAAACCCGCCUUAAUUGGAAGACUUUCCCGUUGGCAGAUGCUCUUGUCAGAAUACCACAUCCAGUAUGUAACCCAGAAAGCAAUCAAGGGAAGUGUUUUAGCAGAGUAUCUCGCUCACCAACCAGUUGAAGACUAUCAGCCAUUGAAGUUUGAUUUCCUCGAUGAGGAUAUAAUGGUGAUAAAGGAUUGUGAGAUCCCAGGCCCAGAUGAAGGACCAGAACCAGGAUCUCGAUGGAAGCUCGCGUUCGAUGGCUCCUCCAAUUACAGUGGUCAUGGUGUGGGAGCUGUUUUAAUGAAUCCAAAUGGUGGCUUUACCCCUUUCAUAACAAGGUUGUGCUUUGAUUUUACGAAUAAUGUCGCAGAGCAUGAAGCUUGUAUCCUUGGUAUUGAAGCUACAAUUGACCUCCGAAUCAAGAUCCUUGAGGUGUAUGGAGACUUAGCCUUAGUGAUCUAUCAGGUCAAAGGUGAAUGGGUGACAUGUGAUGCAAAUUUGAUCCCGUAUCGUGCUCAUGUUGUAAAACUGAUUGAAUACUUUGACGAUAUCACUUUCUAUCACAUCCCAAGAGUAGAAAAUCAAGUGGCUGACGCUUUGGCAACAUUAACAUCAAUGUACCAAGUCAAAUUCCGCAAUGAAGCUCCAGUUUAUCGAAUAGAGCGAAGGGAUGAGCAUGCCUACUGUCAAUCGAUUAAAGAAGAAACUGAUGGUAAACCAUGGUUUCAUGAUAUCAAGCGAUAUCUUCAAAGUCAAGAGUAUUCAGAAGAUGCUACGUUGUUGGAUAAGAAAAUGCUGAGGAGGUUGUCAUCCAAAUUCUUUUUCAGUAAUGAUGUCAUGUAUGAACCUGUUGUGGAAAUUUUCUUAAAAUAUUUGAGUUAUUAG